CAUGGAUAGCAGAAUUACAAGAAUCCUACAGAUACUUUAACCCUUACUUGUUGAUGUGCUUCUCUGUAUAGAAUGCUUUCAUUAACAAGCGUAAACUACAAUCAUUGCAUACUUAUGACACAACAAUAAGAUGAGUAUUUCAUAUACUUUUGUGCAUUUAAAUUUAUGUGAAUUCAUAUUUUCAUUUUGUGUAUCCUGUCGGUAUUCAUUCCUAGCAGAAGAAUUGCAAAUUCACAUUUAACUCUUCAUGUCCUCCUAGCCAGUAAUUUGCACGAACAAGUGCCUUCGGAAAAUCUAUUGAAUGCAAAACUAUAAUUCAUCGAAUACAAGCUCAUGAAAUUCACUUCUUUUUCAGUGCCUCUGGAAAGCUCACACUUAUCCUUGUUCCUACCAUCUUCCAAGAACCGCUUCAUUACAGCCGAAACCAAAUCUUUAGAAAUUAGAAAGAGAACCUCCAAUUUUUUAGAUCAUAUCAACUUGAAGUUACUUUGUAUAAAAGAUACUGGAGCAUUUUAGAAAUCAGCUUCAUAAUAUCCACCAAGGCAUUUCUCAUAGAAGUUUCUCAAGGCGCGUCCGCUAUUAACUAGAUGUCGAACGAACAAGAGGAAGUUUUGAUUCUGAACAAUUUAGGAAAAGAUACAUUCAUUCAUGCAGAUUCUCUUCGAAGUUUGCUUCCUUCAACAACUUCUAUAGAUCAAUUGAAAUCUGUUCGAGGUAAUUUACUGAAACAAUUAAAGCAAUCACAGGAUAAUUUAGGUUCUCUAAGAAAUGGAUAUGAAGAAUCCAAUAAAAACUUGAUCGUUCAGAAAAAUGAAUUCAAUACCGCUGCUGGAGAAGUCGUUGGGAAGCUUCGAUAUUUACACUCGACGGCUGAAGAUACUCAGUUAUCAAUUGUGCAACUUACCUCAGAAAUCAAGAGCUUAGAUCUUGCCAAAAAGAAUCUCACAUCAUCGAUGACUUUGCUAAAACGUCUGCAGAUGCUUGUGACAGCUUACGAAAAGCUGCGGAAUCUCAGACAAAAUAGGCAAAUCGGAGAAGCUACUUCUUUAAUGCUGGCUACUUUGCAGUUGCUACAAUAUUUUAAGAAUUACAGAAGCGUGGAGAGGAUAGCUUCGUUGAGCCAAAACAUCACAGAAUUUCAACGAUCAUUUUAUGAACAAGUGUUUGAAAAUUUUCAGUUACAAUUUAAGAAGGCUUCUAGCAUACGAGGGGGAUUUAAUGCUGCUUCCAUAGAAACUCUACACGAACUCUGCGGCUUCAUUGAUGUUAACGGCCCGAAUUGUUCAAAUGCAUUGAAAAAUUGGUAUUGCCAUCACCAGUUGGAUGGGAUUUUCAAAGUGUUUCGUGAAAAUGAAGAAGCUGGUUUAUUAGAAAAUUUCUCAAGAAGAUAUAACUGGUUUUUUAAACUGCUUCAGACUUAUGACGAUCAACACGUUCAAAUUUUCCCGCCUCAUUGGAGAAUGGAUUUUCAGCUUUGUAUGUUGUUUUGCAAUGAAACGAAAGCAGAUUUAUCUAAAAUCUUGAAAGAAAAAGAAAUAUCCUAUGAAGUAUUUUUUACUUCCAUUCGCCAUACGUUGGAUUUUCAAAACGCGCUAAAAAAGCGAUUUUCUCGGCUUUUAAAAGAGGGUGAAUUGAACGAUCAAAAAUUAAAACUUCAUACUACUCAAAUGUUUGAGUCUCUUUCAAACGAAUUCAAUCCUUAUUACAAAGCAUAUAUCAACCACGAGGCUAAACAAUUGGACACUCUCUUUAAUUCUUUUCAUUCGAAAACCGAAAUUUCAUCCGAAGAAACCAAUCAAAUUCUUUCGUCUUCCAUGCAACUUUUUCAACUUUAUCGGAAGAUUAUGGGGCAUUUUCUUCAAUUUACUAGAGGACCACCUCUUAUAGGAUUAAAGGAUUUAUUUAGUGAUUGGUUACGGAAAUAUGCUGAAAUAGAACUCCUCGCCGACUUGUCAUCUCUUCCUUUUAAACAAUAUGCAAUUCGUUUGAAUACUGCUGAGUAUAUUCAUCGAACAACAUUGGAACUUGAAAAGCGAUUUCAAGAAAUAUGCCAUGCUGACUUAGCGGAGGAAAUGUCCUUCCAGAAGGUAAUUGACUUUAUGUUAUAUUCAAAAAGCUUGUUAAUCAAGUCAUGCACGAAAAAGUACGAAGAUUCGGUUAAGACAAGUUUAGAGCCUUUCGGAAAAUUGGAUCUUAGAAACCUGGAUAGUGUGGGUGACCAGAGUGCUUAUGUAUUUACUGCUAUACACGAAAUGAAAUUGAAUGCCGAUGAAUUCCUGGGAACAAUUGAACAGAAUACACUGGCGCGCAAUUUUUGUGAUCGGGUUUGUGAAUCAUUUACCAAACAAUUUUUUUAUUAUAUAUAUACGAUUAAACCUGUGUCUGAGAUUGGCGCAGAACAAAUAUUGCUCGAUUUAUGUUCAUUCAAGAAUUUCUUGCUGAAAAUGCCCAGUAGCAAGCCAGAUUAUACGAUUACAGAUAGCUAUAUUAACCAUCUAACGAUUUUUAUGGGAUACAUAGAAACACUGCUCAAAACUUUGCUGACUCCUUCCCUUCCAAAAGAAGGGAUUAUCCAAAGUUACCUUUUUUUGAUCAAAGAUCGCUCGGUGUCAAACUUUACCAUAGUGUUAGAUUUGAAAGGAGUCUCUAAGAGUGAGCAAUCUAGCUAUCUUCAAUUAUUCUCUUCUUUCGUCGCCAAAAAGAACGAUCUUUCCGACAGUUCUCCUAUUUUUUUGUAUUUAAGCCCAUCAACGUACACGGAUAUGAACACGCGGUCUCGCUUAUCACUUGAGUUAACUCCUGAUGCAAGCAGUCGUACCUUGCAGAAUCUUGGACGAUUGUUUACUUCUAAGAAAAAGUAUGGCUAAAUUUUCUUUGCUGUCUUCUGUCUCUCUUUUCUAUAGUUAGGUCUUUUAUGUUUUUAUGUUAUUGUUUUGAUGAGAAGCCAUUUACAGAUUCAUGCGAUAGUUAUUACAGUAUGCUCUUUUCUUUUAGACGGUUCCAUGCGAUGAUUUUCAUUAUCCUAAACAGAUAUGUUUCCUCUGCCAAGUAAAUGAGGACAAAAAUUGCCAAAAAGAUCGGGCUGUUCUGGGAAUCGAACCCAGGACCACCAUCACCCUAAGAUGGUAUCAUACCACUAGACCAAACGGCCGCUGUGUUAUAAUAAAUUGUUUUAAUAACUUAUUAGAGUAGUAAAUGCAAUUAGUUUUGAA